CACGUAACGUAGCAGGAUGGAGGUUGGAGAGCGCCGGGAACACAGGUGCUCGUGGCUGAGGAGGAUCGGGAAGACGCUGCAGUACGGUCUGCUGUGCUUGUUCGUGUCGCUCCGAUCGGCGCUCGUCUCCGUCAGGAACUGUUGUGCGUUUGUGUUCUUUGGGGACACACCGGAGGGUCUGUGUAAAUGUUCUUCCAACACUAAGGACUCGUCAUUCUACGAGGACUUCAACCGCCCGCCUGAGAUCAAAGUCAUGGCAGAGGGAGGACCGACGACCAACUCCGUGGCCGCGGGACACACCGUAGCGACAUCGCCCUCGGGUGCCGCGGCGCAGAACUCACCUGUACGACAGGUGCAGCAGGUGCGGGUGCUGCAGCUGAACGAUGGGGAGCACCUGAACACCACUCUGUUCCGCCUGCAGAAAGGCUGGACCCUACACUUCUUCCUGGGUCCCUCGCUGUGCGCCCGGCCUGUCCGCAUCUUCGUCAACCACCCGCCCGCUGACCGCCCCUUCCGUCGGGACGAGUACUAUGAGUUGAAGUGGCAGUAUUACUCCCAGAGCCGCUGCGAUGAUUCAGACAGAUACGCUGAGCUGCAGCUGAAACUUGCCGGGUCCUUCCAGUACUUCUUCUCCUAUGACAACAGUGGAAACAAGAAGCAUGGUUCCGGGUACUUCGUGGUGGAUCCCCUCCUCCCCCUCCCAGGCGGAGACGUUCUGCCGCUGGAUAGCAUCUGCAUCCAGACCGUCCUCUCCAAGUGCAUCGGCCCCUUCAGCAACUGGGAGAGGUGCGUCCGCGUCUCCAAGGAAACCGGCUACAACAUGGUGCACUUCACGCCGAUACAGGCGCUGGGCGAGUCCAACUCUUCGUACUGCAUCAGUGACCAGAUGCGGAUCAACCCCGCGUUCGAGGAAGAUGGACGUACACUGACGUACGACGACGUCGGAGAGUUUGUGCGCCGUAUCCACAAGGACUGGGGCGUGCUGACGGUCACGGACCUGGUGCUGAACCACACCAGCUGGGACAGCCCGUGGCUGGUGGAACACCCGGAAUGCGGGUACAACCUGCUGAACUCGCCCCACCUGCGGCCGGCGUACCUGUUGGACAGGGCACUGGCGUACUUCAGCGCACAGGUGGCGGACGGGCAGUGGGAGGGGCAGGGCGUGCCCGCCAACAUCACCAACGAUGGCCACAUCAGGGCUAUGGAGCGGAUCCUGCUGGAACAAGUCCUGCCUGAGCUGAAGCUGUGGGAGUUUUACUGUGCAGAUGUGGAGGAUCUGGUGCAGCAGUUUAAAGAGGCUUGUGAAGCUCGUUCUCUUGCCACGACUCCUACGCAUGGCGCCAAGCCUUCGCAUGGUCAAGGUCGGGCCAAGGUCACCGCCACGGACACCGAUAACGAAGUUGGGAAUGCUCUACCGGAGGCAGGAGGGAAGAAGUACCAGCUGACUGUGGUUCAGGACCCGGCUUACCGACGACUCAUGAGCUCCGUGGACCUGGGCAGGGCACUGACUAUCUUCAACGUGGAAAGGACAGAUGCAGAGACAGAGAAGGAGAGGAUACAGAAGUGCAGCGAGGCCUUCAGGAAACACCUGGAGAAGCUGAACGCAGACGUUACCAGAGACCUGCAGCAUCACCUGAAGGCAGCUGUAGAGAACUGUGGGAAGGGUGUCGGCUACGAGAGACUGGAUGGCCAGGGACCGAAACUGGGGCCUGUCACAAGGGAGAAGCCACUGGUUACAGAGUAUUUCAGACUUCUUAAUGGCCAGAACGACUCCUGGCAAGCUGACGAGAAGCUAAUGAACAAGAAGGACGCCCGUCACAUCCUGGCUCACAACGGCUGGGUCAUGGGGGACGACCCGCUGCGAAACUUUGCAGAGGCUGGCUCGAACGUCUACCUGCGGCGCGAGCUCCUGGCCUGGGGCGACAACGUGAAGCUGAGGUACGGGAAACGUCCGGAGGACUGCCCAUUUCUAUGGAAACACAUGCUGGAGUACACCAUGGCAACGGCACGGAUCUUCCAUGGGGUUCGCAUUGACAACUGUCACAGCACUCCCAUACAUGUGGCGGAGUUUAUGCUGGACGCAGCGCGACAGGUGAACCCUGACCUCUACGUUGUGGCGGAGCUGUUCACCGGGAAAGAGGACCUCGACAACGUGUUUGUGAAUCGACUCGGAAUCACAUCGCUUGUACGAGAGGCCAUGAGUGCAUUUGACUCGCAUGAAGAGGGCCGUUUGGUGUACCGGUACGGCGGCGAGCCAGUCGGCGCCUUCUGGAAACCUGCCACACGACCUCUGACCCCUGCGAUCGCCCAUGCCAUGUUUCUUGACUUGACUCAUGACAAUCCAUGCGCAAUACAGAAACGUUCUGUGUACGACCCGUUACCGAGUGCUGCUCUGGUUGCCAUGGCGAGCUGUGCUAUAGGGAGUACCCGUGGUUACGAUGAACUCGUACCUCACCAUAUUCAUGUUGUUGAGGAGGCGCGAUGUUACCCAGUGUGGGAUGAUGACUCCAAGAAGGACGACGUCCAAUCCGUUAACAAUCGCUCCGGUAUCAUCGCAGCGAAACGGGCACUCAACCUGCUGCAUCAGCAAUUAGGCAUGGCAGGCUUCAACCAGGUUUAUGUUGAUCAAGUGGAUGAGAAUAUUGUUGCAGUGACCAGGCACUGCCCCAACUCCCACCAUUCGGUCAUCCUCGUGGCCAGGACAGCCUUCAAACACCCACACAACCCUCAAGCAACUGGCUACAUCCCCCCACUCUGUAUACCUGGUGUUGUUGAGGAAAUCAUCCUGGAGGCCCGGUUGGUUCAGAAGUCGCCUGAUGAGUUUAACCAGGACAGAACCUUCAUCAACGGACUCAACAACUACCAGCUGGAGAUGCAGGAACACAUCCAGCUAUACGGCAGUGCUAUGAUAGAGCUAUCAGGAGGAGGGGAGGGGAGUAACUCACCUGUGCAGGAGGUUGACUUCAUCAACUUCCCACCGGGCAGUAUCAUCGCAUUUCGGGUGUCCCUUCCCCAGCACACACGCCAGGCCGUCUCCACCCUCAGGGGCUGUCUGAGAGAGUUUGGGUUCCACGUCAGGCCUGGCAGUCCAAAGGGGGAGCAGAGAUGGGACUUCCUAAGUAUCGUUAGUGAGCUGUCCCUGUCGGAUCUGAACCGUGUACUGUACCGGUGUGACCCUGAGGAGAGAGAUGAGGGGUGGGGAGGUGGCGUGUACCACAUCCCAGGGUGGCAGAGCCUCAAGUAUUGCGGACUACAAGGUUUCAUAUCUGUGAUGGCAGACAUCAGAAACACCAAUGACCUCGGCCAUCCCUUCUGUGAAAACCUGCGCCAGGGAGACUGGAUGCCAGACUACAUCGCUAACAGACUUGUCAGGCACAGGACAACCAAGAAGCUUGGCCAGUGGUUUGAGGGAGUGUUUGACUCCCUGAAGGAGAUCCCGAGGUACCUGAUCCCAUGCUACUUCGACGCGAUCCUGGCGGGAGCGUACGCCACCAUCACGGAGAUAACCUGGGGACAGAUGUCCGAGUUUGUGACCCAGGGCUCGACACUGGUCCGUGCUCUGGCCCUGUGCUCAGCCCAGUUCUGUGGAGAUGUCGCAUCUUCCCCCCUCCCUCACCUCUCCACAAAGAUCCUGAAGGACAUCCCAACGGUGGUCAAUGAAGAAACAGGUACAUGUCGUAGAGAACAAAGAUGUAGCACCUUAGCAGCUGGAUUGCCCCACUUUUCCUCGGGGGUGAUGAGGUGUUGGGGGAGGGACACAUUCAUCGCACUCAGGGGACUGCUGUUGGUGACAGGCAGAUACAGCGAUGCAAGGAACCUUAUUCUUGCCUUUGCCGGGUGCCUGAGACAUGGCCUGAUCCCCAACCUGCUGGGCGCCGGUGCACACGCCCGGUUCAACUGCCGGGACGCAGUGUGGUGGUGGCUGCAGUGUGUCCAGGACUACUGCACCAUGGUCGACGAUGGCCUUGACAUCCUCACUCUCCCAGUGUGCCGUCUGUUCCCAACGGAUGAAAGUCCUCCAAGGGAUUCUGGGUACACGGAAGAACCACUCUACAAGAUAAUCCAGGAGGCACUACAGCGCCAUGCCCAGGGGAUCUCGUUCCGCGAGCGCCACGCCGGGCCGAGCUUGGACAUCAACAUGUCAUCAGAAGGGUUUAAUGUGAAUGCAGGGGUGGACUGGGAGACAGGGUUUGUGUUCGGGGGCAACGAGCACAACUGUGGGACCUGGAUGGACAAGAUGGGAGAGUCAGACAUGGCGGGAAACAAGGGAAAACCUGCUACACCCAGGGAUGGAUCAGCAGUAGAAAUUGUGGCUCUCUGCAAGUCCACAUUAAGAUGGUUGGUGGCCUUGCACCAGAGCGGUGCCUACCCUUACGACGGCGUCACGUUCCUGACAGACGGGAAGGAAACCACGGUUACCUUUGCCGAGUGGGACGCGAAGCUGCAGGACAAUUUUGAGAAGAAGUUCUGGGUAGCGUCAGAGCCGUACGAGGGGGAGGAGAAACCAGGCCUCAUCCACAGGAGAGGCGUCUACAAGGACAGUGUUGGGGCAUCCUUCCCGUGGACUGACUACCAGCUCCGGCCUAACUUCUGUAUAGCCAUGGCGGUGGCGCCAGAGCUGUUUACACCUGAGAGAGCCUGGAAAGCACUGGAGAUUGUAGAAACUGUCUUGCUUGGACCGCUUGGAGUAAAAACUCUGGACCCAAAAGACUGGAAAUAUCGGGGAAACUACAUCAACUCUGUGGACAGUCAUGAGGUGGAGACUGCCAGGGGAUUCAACUAUCACCAGGGGCCGGAGUGGCUUUGGCCUGUUGGUUACUUCCUGAGAGCCAAGCUGCACUUCUCCUCCCUGGUGGGUGGGGCCGACACCUUCUACAAGUGCAUCGACAAGGUCAAGGUCACGCUGUCCAACCACCACCAGGCCUUGCUCAAGUCGCCUUGGAAGGGGCUGCCUGAGCUGACCAAUGCAGACGGUGCCUUCUGCAAAGAUGGCUGCCCAACGCAGGCCUGGUCAGCGAGCACAAUACUUGACGUCCUUUACGAUAUGGACAAGCUAGUCAGAGGGAAUAAUCAAAUGAGCACAGUUUAACAUUGCAGACUCAGUGUUUUUUGAGAGCUGUGACAAAUAAAAAGAAAAUCUAAGGAAAAAUGUAAGCAUUGCAGAUGCUGUCAGCUACUUUGCUGUAAGCAUUACAGAUGCUGUCAGCUACUGCUGCCACUAGACAUCCAGAGAAUACAUCAUAGAAGCAGACAGUCGUGUAUAAAAUGGUGGUAGUUUCAAUCUAGAAUGCCUUUGUCCAGAAGAAGUGGAAAAUAGUCAUUUUGCAGGAAUUUCAUAGCAAAAUUAGUAGAAUUUGGACUCCUAACAGUUGUCUUCCAAUGAGUUAUGUUUAAUUUGCUGUCUUCAGGGUUCAUUGAAAAUUGCUGCUGUAGAUUAGAAGGUUAUGCAGGAUGGAUAAUUGUUUUGACACAGUCUGGAGUAUUAUAGAAAGUCUUAGACUUAAAUUAUGUUGUAGAGAAUGUUCAUUGCAAGAACAUGCUAAGAAACUGGCUGGGGUCUUAAGUAAGAACCAGAUUACUUGCCUGACUGAAGAAUAUGAAUAGUUUGAUUAUGAGAUUAUUGCUGUAAAACAGAAUUACUACAACUCACAAAGUUUAUUAAUUUUUCGUAUAGAAAUUUUCAUCAACUUAAGUAAUUUCCACUUCCGUAAAAGUGACACUAUAUUGAUCUUACUAGGAAACCAUUUCCUAUCCACUUGACCUCAUCAUAAACUUUGUUUCUGCAAAACUUUGAUAAGAAAUAAGGCUUUGAGGGUUAAGGAGUGCAAUGUUUGUUAAUUGUUGACAUUAUCAAGCAAACUUUGUUGCUAAUGUUUGCUUAAAGAAAGAAAGUUUAAGGGGAUGGUUUUAUGGCAAAGGGUCUUUACUUGUGAGCUAUUAAAGCUGUUGUGUCAGAUGCUAAACUGUUGGAUAUUGCUGUUGAAUCUCCUAUACCCAAUGGGUAACUAACAGACAGGUAUACAAUAUAUGUUUGCAUCUGCAAAAUAUUUGUGCAAGCAAGUAACUUGUAACCGUUUCUGAACAACUUGUCUACAUACCAUCCUCUGUCGUAACCACUGGCUGUCUCUUUUGUAAGUGUACAUGUUUCCAGUACACAACAGGAGCUGACAAAUAUGUGAUAUCAAUUUACAACAAAACACAUGGAUUGUAAGAAAUCAUUCACUCUGUAUUUACUGGGGAAUGGUUUCUUUACCGAGUGUUUUUUUAAUCUUCUAUUUCAUUCUAUCAACAGCAGUGAACAAAAUCCAAAUCGAAAAAAAAAAUUAGUACGAUUCAUUCUAGUUUGAAUACAAAAUGUUAUCAUUAUUUGGAUUUCGUUUCUGUGUAGCUUUAUAUUACUUCCACAUUGAAAAUAAAAAUGCAAUCAUAAAAGAAUUCACUUCAGUGAGAUAUACUGUUCAAUGCAGUCAGAUAAAAAAGAUAUUAGCUGUUGUCAAACUACUAUUUGAAGGGGACAUUUAAGUGGACAAACACAUGUGCCCACAGUGCCCACUCGUACCUUGCCUGCCUAUUCGCGUCCCCUUUUUGUUCUACAGAAUGAAACAAAAGCUGAUCAGUCUGUCCUUUGUGCUGAUUGAAAGAAGAGAAAGAUACUACAUAAAAUCUGUACUCCAAGGUGCUUUAAGAAACUCAGUGUGAUUUUUCUGAAAAAAGGGAGGCACACAAAAUAUGCUGCAGUAAAUAUUAGAACUCGCUGGUAAAAUUUGUAUGAAAAAAGAGUAGACACAUGAUAAUUGAUGCAGAGACAUGAAUCAUUCAGUUCUUAUAUGGGAGAGGAAAAAGUUCUAAAUGUAUAGUCCCCCAAAUAUGAUAAAUGCUAUUUCACCUUGAACCUUUAUUCUGCUGUUUCUUGAAAUGGUAUUUAGGGAUAUCAAGUCGAUAGACGGUGGUCUCUGCAAUCUGAAAAUAUUGCAAUUUGAAACCACUGUCCUUUGUAUUAAUAUCCCUAAAUACUGUUGAAAAAACAAUGGAUACAGGUUACCCCGCAGAUAAAGGUGAACUAGCUUUACUGCUAUUUCAUGUUUUACCAGAGUUGUAAGCUCAGAAUUUCUCCUCCCUAACACCAGGAGCUCUAAUGAAUCACCCCCUUGCUGUGUAGGAAAAGUUCCUCUUACAUGUAAAUUUAAAGAUGUGACUGUAUGAGCCAAUAUUGCAAAAGUCUCCUAGUAUGAAUAUGUGAAAAUGUGAGAGUUGAAUUUAUCCGGAGAAUGCAGGACAACAAGAGAUACAAGAUGAUAUGAAAAGAAGCUACAUCUAUUGUUAGAUACUGUAUUGUAAAGCAUAGUAUAUAGCAUUGUACAGAGAAAAAGUGAUGUCUAUGGAAAGGACAGUUAUGCAGUUUUGUUCAAAGAUGCAUGUGAUGCAGUAUAAGCUGAUUUGAGGUUUGAGCUGACCAAUUCUAUCAGAUUUACCGUCUACCCGAUAGUUUUAUAGGGAAGGGUUGGGACUUUAUAUGUUAAAUGGGGUGUGAAAUUGUAGGGAAAAUCACAUACAAAAUGCUUGGUAUGAAAUAUGUUUUCAUUUCUCAAUGAUAACAACUUUACGAAAUACUUUGCUAACAUUAUGACACAUUUUUCCAAUGAGAAAACCUUGAUAUAUCUGAAUGUCACCUUGCCAAAAAUUGACGCUUUAUCAUGCAGACCACUGUGUAAACCAUUGGAUCAAAUAGUGGGGCAAUAUGAUAUUUAGACCAGUUUCAUUCCC